GGAAAAAGGAUGACUUUGAGCAGAAAAUCCGAGAAAUUCUCUGCGGAUUUUGUGAUGGGAGGAGCAGCAGCCAUUGUUGCCAAAUCUGCAGCUGCUCCAAUCGAAAGGGUUAAGCUUUUACUUCAGAAUCAAGGGGAGAUGGUCAAGACAGGACACCUCACCAGACCUUACACUGGUUUGGGUAAUUGCUUCGUCAGAAUCUUCAGAGAAGAAGGUGUUCUGUCCUUUUGGAGAGGAAAUCAAGCCAAUGUCGUACGAUACUUCCCUACACAGGCUUCCAACUUUGCAUUUAAAGGUUACUUCAAGAACCUUCUCGGGUGUUCUAAAGAGAAGGACGGUUACUUGAAGUGGUUUGCUGGAAACGUAGCGUCUGGAAGCGCUGCUGGAGCAACGACUUCAUUGUUUCUGUACCAUCUCGAUUACGCACGGACUCGUUUAGGCACUGAUGCGAAGGAAUCUUCAGUUAAUGGCAAGAGACAGUUCAAAGGGAUGAUCGAUGUGUACCGUAAGACUUUGUCAAGCGACGGCGUGAAAGGCCUUUACCGUGGAUUUGGGGUGUCGAUAGUAGGGAUCACUCUUUACCGAGGAAUGUAUUUUGGGAUGUAUGAUACCUUCAAGCCCAUUGUUCUAGUCGGUUCCUUGGAGGGAAACUUCUUGGCUAGCUUUCUAUUGGGUUGGAGCAUUACUACCUCUGCAGGCGUCAUUGCUUACCCUUUCGACACACUUAGGAGGAGAAUGAUGCUUACAUCAGGACAGCCUGUGAAAUACCGGAACGCCAUUCACGCAUUGAGAGAGAUUAUGAAAUCCGAAGGGUUCUAUGCGCUGUAUAGAGGAGUUACUGCGAACAUGCUUCUUGGAGUAGCAGGAGCAGGAGUGCUUGCAGGAUACGAUCAGCUUCACAGGAUCGCUUAUAAGCACUGGGCUCAGUAG